AUGGACGACGAUGAGCGUACCACAGAACUCGAAUGUCUCGCCGCAAUCUUUCCUGAGAUUGUUUUAGAUACCAACAACUCUUUUUCCGCAUUCAUCGAACUUCAAGUGCACCCUCAAAAUCCCGUCAAGGUCGUCUUUCCCGCUGCCUCUGGCAUUCUACCUACCCCGCCACAGUCCGAUACAUCGAGUCAAAUCAGUACCGAAGUGGUUGCUGCAUCUGCAAAAGAGAACCUCGAAUCGCAUAACUUGUCCUACCUACCAUCACUUCAGCUCCACAUCACAUUGCCGCAAGGGUAUCCGGAAGAGAAACCACCGAUUUUUAGACUAGAGACAUCGCUAUCAUGGCUUUCACGAACCUACCUAGACGAACUCGAAGCGAAUGGAGAGACGAUGUGGGAGGAAGCUGGCCGAAGCGUAGUCGUUUAUGGAUACAUUGACUUUCUGCAACAAGUUGCUGAAAAUGCCUUUGGUUUUGCAGAGGAGGGGAAGACUCUUGAAAUCCCACAAGAUUUCAAGAUCUCCUUGAUAGAUUCAGACAUUCGGGCCACCCUUGCGGCAUUUCAAAAGGAGACUUUCGAUUGUGGUGUUUGCUUGGAUCCCAAGAAAGGGCUUGUGUGUCAUCGCAUGAUUGAUUGUGGUCACGUCUUUUGCGUUCAAUGUCUCCAGGACUUUUACAACAAUGCUAUCACCGAGGGUGAUUUGGCAUUUGUCCGAUGUCUUGAUCCUUCUUGUGCUAAAGACCGUGAGAAGGCACAUGAUGGCCAAUCCAAGAAGCGUAAAGUGAAAACUCAGCUGAGUCCAAGCGAGCUUCAUCAAAUUCCUCUCCAGCCUGAGAUGGUCGAACGUUAUGUGCGAUUGAGAUACAAGGCUAGUCUGGAGUCCGAUAAGAACACAAUAUAUUGUCCACGAAAAUGGUGCCAAGGAGCUGCUAGAUCCAGUAAACACCGGAAACCAGAUGCAUUCGACGAUGUGAGUUCAGGUGAGGAAUCUGAAGCCGAAGAAUCUCGGGAGGGGGGCAAAAAGCCCAAAUAUACUGCUGGAAAGGAUCGGCUUGCUGUUUGUGAAGAUUGCUCUUUUGCUUUUUGCAACAGAUGUUUUCAAGGAUGGCAUGGAGAAUUCGAGAUAUGUAUCCCGAGAACCGCCACGGGCGAGAUCACAGAAGAGGACAAGGCUUCUCUCGAAUAUCUCAAACAACACACAGCUCCAUGCCCAACUUGUGCAACACCCGCUCAGAAGACUCACGGUUGCAAUCAUAUGAUUUGCUUCAUAUGCCGUUCUCACUUUUGCUAUUUGUGUUCUGCUUGGCUAUCUCCUUCAAAUCCGUACGCACAUUACAAUACCGAAGGCACCAACUGUUACAUGCAACUCUGGGCUUUGGAAGAAGGCGACGGAGAGGAAGCCGGAAGAGUGCGACCCGAUGAAGUUCCCGGCCCAGAGGAAGAAGAAGAAGAAGCGGUAGUAGAAGUUAUCCAGCAACACCCUGAAAUCGAAGAACCCGAGGACCAGAAUGCUCUAGGAAUUCCUGUCGACCCUGCUCCCCAAGAACCGUUGCAAAGAGAAGGCCCUCUCGUUCUUCGCAUCAAUCAGCUCCCGCCCCGACCUGUUCCUGCCCCAGCCCCUGCUGUACCUGAUCCACCACGUGGGAAUAGAAGACAUCGUCCUCGAGGUAUACCACCAGCGCUUAACGCAGGAGUAGGUCAAGCGAGACGUCGUGGUGGCGGACAGAGGAUGAGAAGAGAUCCAAGAUUUGACGGCGAUGCGGGACCGAUUGCACCAAGAGGUGCCGAGGCGGCUCAACAGGCUUGGAUUCAGAUGUUUGUUCAGAUGGCAUUGAAUGAUGAAGAGGAUCAGCUUGAUAGUGGUGAUGAUGAGGCUGAUAAUGAUGGUGUCUGGGAGAUUCCGGUGAGAUAG